AUGAGCAUCAAGGUCCAUUUGGAUGCGGAAUGGCGCAACUGGCUUCGCCUAAGUCACACUCGACCCAUGUUGCGGAACCUGAUCUAUGGCGCCAUACUAUUUCUGACUGUCUACACGCUGUUCAACCUGUCUUCCCUCAAAACUUCACAAUUUUCUAUUUUUCCAGGCACCAAAGAUUCUGGAGAAGUAGUCUCUGCCGAGGUUUGGAGCAGUCGUGCCGACCAAGUGAAACAGGCGUUUAGACACGCUUACAGUGGGUACGUUCGAUAUGCUGCCCCAGCGGACGAGUUGGCGCCUCUCAGAAAUUCAGGAAUCAAUGUGUUUAACGGAUGGGGUGCAACAGCCUUCGACUCUCUCGAUACCAUGCUUUUGAUGGGUCUCGAUGAUGAAUAUAAACAUGCACUGGAUAUCGUGAAGAAGGCAGAUCUCUCCAGAGCGGAGCCCCAUUUCGUUCCCUUUUUCGAAACUGUAAUCAGAUACCUUGGCGGAUUGCUUUCGGCAUAUGCUUUGUCAAAGGAUGUAAUACUACUUGAUAAAGCCGAAGAGCUCGUCAGGAGACUGGAUCCUAUUUUUGAAACUCCAACUGGUAUGCCUUAUUUCUCUGUGAACCCCAAGACGGGAGAACAUUGGGGGCCAGAUAUUGGAAUUCUUGCUGAAAUUGCUAGCUUACAGCUGGAGUAUGCGUAUUUGGCAAAGUUGACUGGGAAGGUCGAACAUUAUAAUCGAUCUGAGGCUGUCAUGAAAGCUCUGAGCUCUGCAGACCUGAGGUAUACCUCUGAUAUUCGAGCUACCACCUAUAUCAUCACUAAUUUACUCUACCUCUCGCCUACGCGAAAUUUACUCUACGUUACCGACGCCAUAGCAGGCUCCUAUAAUCAACAAGACACACCUAGCCAUAUACAGGAACAUCUUUCAUGUUUCUUUCCUGGAUUACUCGCCCUCGGGGCUCAUACCUUACCUCUUGAUAAUCUGGCCGGAAUGGGAGUCGAUUUUGAAGCUUUGGCCAACACAGACAGCUAUGGGCUAGGAGGGCAAGGAUACGCAAAGAUCCGAGGAUACAAUCUCAAAGAACUACACAUGUGGGCGGCUAAAGGGCUAGGUCAGACAUGUUGGGCCACAUAUGCUGACCAGCCGACAGGGCUAGGUCCCGAAGAGAUCCUCAUGCAAAUAAGAACUGGCCAGAAGACAUGGAUGGCGGCGGGGGGCACAUGGUCGCAAAAACCGGUUAGCUAUCUGUGGAUCGACGCGGUGGAGAAAUGGAGACAAAGUGGAGGGAAAGGGGUGCUUCCUGGGUUAGCGGACCCGAAACCGGUCCUCACCAGCACGGGGAGGGAUUACACGAUGAGGAAAUCGUCAUAUCUGCUUCGCCCAGAGACAAUUGAAUCAAUGUAUCUGUUGUGGAAGGUAAGCGGGGAUGUGAAAUGGAGAAUGCGGGGUUGGAGAGUGUUCGAGGCGAUCGAACGCGAGACUAAAACGGCGAGUGGGUAUGCGAGCGUUGUGUCAGUUGACAUGGCUGGAGGGUCAAAGAGGGACAGUAUGCCAAGUUAUUUCCUGGCAGAAACGCUGAAAUACUUGUACUUGAUGUUUCGGGAUGAUGACCCAAUUUCUCUCGAUGAGUGGGUGUUCAACACCGAAGCCCACCCGUUUCCUGUAUUUAAAUGGACUGCUGAGGAGAGGGCGCGGUUUAAUGUGUAG